AUGUCUCGCGAAGCCUACCAGGUCCCCUCCUCUGUGGGAAACCAGAACGCCUUCAGCAACGAUGGCGGCAUGGCCAUCGAGGUUCCCUCUGUCGUUUACCUGUGUGGCGAGUGCUCUGCCCGUGUCCCUAUUAAGCGUGGCGAUCAGAUCCGCUGCAAGGACUGUGGUCACCGUGUGCUCUACAAGGAGCGUACCAAGCGUAUGGUGCAGUUCGAGGCUCGGUGA